AAAACUGGUAUGCUUUAACUAACAGUCGUGUAAAUUAUUUUAAAGAAAUACAUAUAAGAAAACAUUUCCGUUUUGAUACCUCUAUCAACACUAACAAAAUUUAAUUGAUUAAACAAGAUCACAGAUCGUUUUUGGAAUUUUUAUGCCAUGGACAAUGAGAAUGGGACCUUAGACAUAUACUCUUCAUAUACUUGAAUUUUAUCUGUCUGCGCUUUAUGAUCUUCUGCGAUUUAUCUGUUUGUCAAUUUCAGUGGAUGCAGUCAGAUGAGAUGCAAUGAAAUCGUAAUAUAAUUAUAAAUAUAUAUUAGAAUGUAAAAUGUCGGAUGCAGAAAAUGAUGAAGCACUACUUGGAGGAAGUGUUGAUGGGGAUGAUGAUGAUAGGGAUUACGACGAAGAUGCAUUACUGGCUGAUAAUGUUGAGGAAGAAACAGGAACUGAAGAUAUUUUGGAGUUAGAAGUUGAUGAAGUGGAUUUAGAUGAAACAUUUGAAAAAGAAAAAAAUGUAUCGAAAGCAAGUACAUCUGCAGUUAGUACCACUACAAACAUAGAUGACAGUAUUGCAAGUAGCGAUGCUGAGCAAACGGAGCGAAGUCAUCGUUUUAAAAAUGAACGAUUUACACCUGUAAAUAAGGUCAAGUCUAUACCAGAUACUCUAGAUAACGUAGCAAUUAAGGAAGAUUUAAAAUUGACAAACCAGAGACAAAGAAAUGUAAGAAGUAAAUUUCAGAAUGCCAAAGGAAACUUUCAAAACAAUCAACGGUUUAAUCAAAAAUACCAAAGAAACAAGGAAAGCUCGACCGUGCAUAUAAAUCCUAAUUUUAAGGGACAGGUGCAAGUUGGUAAUGAUGCUCGUUUUGUAUUGAAUGCAAGAAAGAUGGAUAGUAGAACUUCAUAUACUCAUCAGGAACGAAAUAAGAACAUAGCAUUUAUCCAACCAUGGGCUAAUAGUGCUCAUCUGCCAAUGCAGCCUCCAGGGUCAAUGGUUUCCAGUUCUUAUCAACCAAACUUUCAACAACCUCCAGUUUACAAUAAUCCCAAUAUUAAUUCAGCUUAUCAUCUACCCCCUCCUCCAGUGCAACCAUCUCAACACCAUUUACCACAUCAACAGUUUCAGCCAGUGGUUAAUAACUGGAACGAACUUCAGUAUGAUAAUAUUCAGGGUUUACCCAAUGAUCAGUCUCGCACAGUUUUGCAGAUACCAGUUGCGCCAGCUGCACCGCCAGUUCGCAGUGUGUUUGCAAAUCCAAAUUUCGGUUAUCCCACCAAUCAGAACAUUCCUUUCGGCACGAAUCAAAACGCUCCUCAAUAUACCCUUAAUCAGCCCAUUCCUUUUAGUAAUGCCGGCAACAGCUUAUCCUUUGCAAACCAGACUGCUCAAUUCACGCCAAACCAGUUUCAACAGCCUCCCCCUCUUGUCCCAUCUCAUUACAACCAGCAGCAACUCCCUACAGACCCAACCUACUCCCAAUUUUAUGUUCCUAACAAUCAAGUACAAUCUCAACCUUUCACCAAUCCUCCAUCUAAUUUUAUGCAGCAACAAAGAGAGGAGUUCAGUCAUAUGCCCCCUCCUUCUAACAGUAAUUAUGGUCAAAAAAUGGUGUUGAAAAAUAAUAGUAGUGCUAAUAUGAAAAGAAGUGGAUUUAUUAACAAACAUAAAUUUCAUACUGGAAAUUUUAAUCAGCCAAAAAGGCGCAUUGAGAACAAUAAUCUUGAACAAAGAAGGAAAAAGCGAUCUCUUGAAAGGGAGAAACAUCUCUACGAAGUGCCCAUAGACACUCAGGACACAACUGUUACUACUACCGAAGGUAAACAAGAAGUUGAAGAAGAGGAUGAGCUGACAAAGGAUUUAAGACUUAAAAUCGAGGAGCAGAAACGUCGCCGUGAAAUGUUUCUACGAGAAAAAGAGGAGCGAAGGAAGCAAGCCGCCAAGGAAAAAGCUAUGAAGGCUGGCAAUUCUUUCGAAUCUAAUUCAACCUCUGCUAUACAAAAUACUACACAAAGGAAACAGUUUUCUAAACAAAUUAGCAACGUUAAAAAGAACGUGGCGAAACAUCAGACUCUUAAAGUUGUGACGACAACGAAUCAGAUAAAUCCAAAUAAAUUCCAGCAGCAACAACAACAAACGUAUAGUAAUAAUUUGCAGACGCUUGUGACAGCAUCGGUUUUGAAAAAUGCUAACAGUAGUGGUGGUGUACGUAUUGUUUCGAAGAAGACUUUGGAAGGAGCUCCUACGUCCGGUUUUCUCGAAAAUCGAAAAGUCCUUGCCAGAGAUGACAAUUUGCCUGAUACAUCAAUUGUGGUUGUAAGCAAUCUCGCUGCCGGUACAACAGAUAUAAAACUUCGAAAGAUGUGUCAAAAUAUUGGCAAUGUUGAGAAGCUACAGAUGUCUCCAAAGGAGCGACAGGCAACAAUUCAGUUCAAAAGUGUUGCUUCCGCUCAUGCUUUUUUUAAGAAAUAUCAACGUUUUAUGCUUGACUUGUCAAUGAUACAAGUGACCCUUAAACAGGUGUCGUAAGACUUAUUUAAGGUUUCGCUGUUCUGAUUACCUCUUGUAUACUGUACGCAUAAGCAUUAAAUGUAUUUUUUAGGCUUAUUCUAUGAUUGAUUCUGUGUAAGAAGUAAAACUUAAGCUGAACAUUAAGAAACAGUUUCAGAUUCUAUUUAUUAAUACUACAACUGAGUGAUAGUAUAGAGGAAUAUUUAAAAUGACUUUUGCCUUAAUUUUAUUGUGAGUGUGAGAGGUUCGUCGUAAGUUUAAAACAAUUCUAAAUAUCUCUACUUAUUUUAUAAGGGAACAAAAAUCAUUUUAAAAACAUAUUAAAUAUGUAUUCCAUGUUAUAUUAUGUUGCCUUCUCAAUUACUUGUAUGCAUACUGCUUAUAAUUGCAUUUUGUUUUUUUUGGUUUAAUUCUCAGUUGUAGUGGGUAAUAAUUUUAUUAAUUAUAGGAAUUUUAUGAUUCGAUCUCUUAACACUUUUAAGGGAAUCUUUAAAUGAAUGUGUAAAGACUACAGUAUGAAAAUUAUGUGUUUUUAUGAAACCAUGCGUUUACUUAUAUGUUAUUAUUUGUUGCUCAUAUAUUGUGUUGUUAGUUUUUCUGUUAAUUUACUUCGCAGAAAGCCAUGUAUUUAUUUUAAA